CCGAACAUCCCUCCUUGUUCCACGCCACCACCGCGCUGCGUCAGGUAUUAGUCAACAGGCAACGCGUCGACGCCAUACAUGUCCUUGCGUAAGUAAUGUUCCUCCGACGUAUAACCAUACCCUUCUCAUGGGCAGCGAGGUCGCAUCGUCACGCGCGGAGCAGGCGCACAAGCCCCAGAGUAGCGAAACAACGUUCUGUGCGCAACCAAGAAGCCCAUGAAUGAUGCGACAAGCAUUACAGGUCACAAGAACUAGGGGCGCGAUGACCGCGUUGUUGCUGGUACCCGCAGCUGUUGAGGGCGGCGCGGCCCUUCACCGCUAUCUUACUUUUCUCAGCAAAGGGUAUGGUGUUUCACGGAUUACGGGCAGCGGUGAUCGGUGAGUUCAUUAGAUUAUAUCAUCUUGAUGUUGUUAAGUUGAGCUCGCAUCAGCCGAUAGAAGAUCCGCCUAAUCCACCUCCCACUGUAGCAUCUACCAUACACCUCCACCUCAUGUCGUGCAUUUCAGGGUAUGCCAUGUUCUUACACUUACACACAUCGACCGUGGCCCUGCCUAGCUUGCACGCGAGCACCGGGUGUGUUGCGCUUGAAUGCGCCCUCGAAAUCUCCAGCACAAGCACAGCCACGGGCGCCUGCAGCUACACGGCGACGCGCCUCACAGCAAGCUCGCUGCUGCUGCGCGGGUAUCGCAAGAAGGGCAGCUGACGGGCUGCACGUCCGAGAUCACCAGCCGCAUGUCCUGCGCUGCUCCCUGCGCUGGACGCAUAGCGGUCCUAAGACCCAGGUGAGUGACGCCUCCGCAGAUCUUACAGUAUUGCCCUGACUUGCUAUAUAUUGUAGGGCUACCUCCCGUGUCUAUCCCCUACCACAGCAGAAUGAAUCUAGUGUAGUCUACACCAGCAUGUAUUAUACAGUUGUGUGCCCAAUAUAUUUCUUCUAUGAAUCCAUUCCCUAUGAGUGAGUGUGCAAAGCCCGGGAGGCCAUCUGCUGGUAUCUACAGGCGGGCUGCGACAGCACCACGGUGUGCUGCUGAAUUUAUGCAGGCUGCCACGGUAUGCUGC